AUGCCAAGGUACUUCGCUUGCUUCGCGUUCUUCGCGCUCUUUUGGAUUUGGUUCACAGAUGUUUGUGACAUCGGUCUCGACUCCUAUCGAGAUGCAUUUUACUUGUCGGUGGAAACACAGAUGACGAUCGGUUACGGCCACUUUACUGCAACCUCAGCAACCUCACAAAUAAAGCGAGGGAAGCAUGUCAUGAAGCAAAUGGAAGCCCACAUCCUGCACAUCGAGACUUUCUCACUAGGGUGUCCCAGAUCCGAACUUUGGCGAAUGCUGGGAAGCAGUGCCUUGGACAUGUCCCAGCUGGUUGCAGUCCUCAUUGUGGUUCAGACGGUGGUUGGCCUGAUGUUGGAUGCCACCGUGAUUGGUGUGGUCUUCCAGAAGCUGGCCAACGCAAACGCUCGCGCAAACACGGUGAUUUUCAGUGACACCGCGUUGCUGGAGGUUGAAGAGGGCUGUGCAUACCUGCGGUUUCGUGUGGCCGACAUGUCUUGGCGUCCAUUGUCCCAGGCAACAAUGCAAGUCUAUUGUGUGCAACACCAUCGUGACGAAAGCCAACCGCGCGGAAUCCGCGUUGAGCUUGCCGCGGUGCAUCUAGAAGAGCCCGAUACGGACAUCCACAACGGUAUCAUCUUUCUAGGCCUGCCAGCCAUGGUUUCUCAUAAGAUCAACUAUGAGAGCCCACUCUCGCCGGAUGUGCCUGCUGGUACGACCGGGAGCCCGAGCCCGAAUGAUGUCCGAAAAUAUUUGAUUGAAUCGCCCUAUUUGGAAGUCCUGGUCCUGCUAAGUGGAACAGAGGAAUCCACUGGAGCAAUUGUUGAAGCUCGACAUUCCUACACGCUGGAUGACAUGUUCUGGAACAGAGCAUAUGGGACCUGUGUGUCCAUCAACAGUGAAGGGUACCACUGUGUUGACUUUCACGCCAUCCACCACACCUACCCCUUGUCAGCAUUGACGGAGCAGCGGCAUUUAUCCAUGCCUAAUGGCGCCAUAGCGCAUGGCAUUUCCCACACUUUUCCUGCGACACUGGAUGCAAACAUGGACAGCGACAAUGAGUGA